CUCUUGGAGGCUCGGAGUCAAUGCAGUACUCGCCGAGGUUCUAUCCAGUUUCAUUCACGUUCUAUCAUUUUUUCAUCUGAUAGAAACGGAUGCAAGUAAAUUGGAGUAAUUAUUUUAUUUAUUCUAUAACUACUAUUUUAUUUUUUAUUCAUAUAUAUACUUACAUAUAUUUGGGUAUUGUCGGAGAGAUUGAAAAAUCAGUAGGAUAUUUUUAACGAUAUAUAUUGAUAUUCUGGUAUAUAUUUUGAUACGAGUUAAGUGUCGAGACGUGCAGUUGAGUGUAAUUUGGAUAUUUAAUCAAUUGGCGGUGCUGUCAAAUUCUGUUUAAUAAGUUAGCAGAAGACAGUUAAAAGAAAAUGAUGGUACCCUCUGAGAGAGUUCUUCACGAAGCGAUCCAAGUUAGUCCUUUGGAUCUUCCGGAUGAUGUCAAAAGACAAAAGAUCGAGAAUUUGUUGGCGCAGAUGAGAUUGUCUGCUGCGACCGCCAGAAAAAUCCAAGAUAUUUUUCGAUCUGAAAUGAAUAAAGGAAUUCAUCAGCAGCCGUCUUCUCUUCAAAUGGAGAAUACGUAUAUACCUGAAUUGCCUGAUGGAACAGAGGAAGGAUUAUUUUUGGCUCUUGAUUUGGGAGGAACGAAUUUUCGUGUUCUCUUACUAGAAUUGGUAAAUGGUGUUGUCGUAAGAGAAGACGUAAAAAAAUAUCACAUCGAUGCCCAUCUAAGAACCGGAUCAGGAUUGCCAUUAUUUGAAUACCUUGCUGAAUGUGUCAGCAAUUUUGUAAUCAGCGAGGGUCUUCAAGAUGUAGAGCUUCCUUUAGGGUUUACUUUUUCAUUUCCAAUGAUACAACAUUCAUUGGAAACGGGAAUUCUAGUGACUUGGACCAAGAGCUUCAAUUGCCCUGAUGUCGUUAAUAAGGACGCAGUACAGCUAUUAAAAGACGCUAUAGCCCGCCGUGGUGAUACGAGAGUUAAAGUGUUGGCUGUGCUUAAUGAUACUACGGGAACACUUCUUCAGGGUGCUACUCAAGAUCCUAAUACUGCUAUUGGUCUUAUCCUGGGGACAGGAAGUAAUGCUUGUUAUCUUGAACGAGCUGAUAAAGUGGAGCACUGGGAACCUGAACGUCAUGGCGAGCGUGAGGUAAUUAUUGAUAUUGAAUGGGGUGCUUUCGGUGACAACGGUGUUCUAGAUUUUAUCAAAACAGAUUUCGAUCGCGAAAAUGAUGCCAAUUCUUUAUUAGUUAAUUCAUUUACAUUUGAAAAAUACAUCAGUGGAAAAUAUCUUGGUGAAUUUGUCCGUGUUAUCCUUGCAAAAUUAUCAAAAGAUGGUUUAUUAUUUACGAGACAAGUUCCGGAAAGUUUACUUUCCGUAGGAACGUUUUUAACAGACUACAUAUCUCUCAUUGAACAAGACACAGUUAAUGGCAGUAGUGUUCAUACAAAAGAAGUACUGGCUAAAUUUAAUAUAGUACCUGAUGAAGAAGAUUUAAAAAUAGUUCAAUAUGUCUGUGAACUUGCGUCAAAUCGUGCUGCUCUCCUAGUUUCAAUAUGUGUUGCAACGCUUCUCGAUCAUAUGGAAAGAGAUGAAGUAACAAUAGCUGUUGAUGGUUCUCUCUACAAACAUCAUCCACGAUUUGAAAAUUGGAUGAAUCAGUAUAUUGGUUUAUUGACACCGGCUCGGAAGUUCAAACUUAUUCAUGCUCAAGACGGAAGUGGUAAAGGUGCUGCAAUUGUUGCAGCAAUUGCAUUAAGGAUAAAAAAAAGAUUAGAAUAAGAGUUAAUUAAAAAUAAAUAAACUAAUUAUCGGUAUGUCAUUUAAUUUCUUCAUGUGUAUAAUCAAUUCUUUUAUUUUGACGAGUCUAAAGAAAUACAAUUUUUUUUUUUUAUUUUAAGACUAAGAUUUUUGUAUUUUAUUCCAACUAUUCGAUUAUGUAUAAUUCAUAAUAUUUUAUAGUUUUUAAUAGAAUUAGAUUUUUUUUUAUUUUAUAGUAAGAGUUUAGUGUUUAAUUUUAAAAUAAAUUAAUAUUAUUUUUUAAUAGAACAUAUUCUAUUAUUUUAUAUAAAUAUAAAUUGUUGAUUUUACUUUAUGUUGACUUGUUUAUAUUUUUUCAUAAUGACAUUCAAAUGUUAUAUAUUCUCUUAAAAUGCAGCACUUUUCACUGAUUCAUUUUAAGAGUACUUCAUUCAUCUGUAUCUUAGUAUGUAAGAACUUGGCCUUAUUGAC